AUGGCUCUCACAAAACUCUUCGUCCCGCGACUGCUCAAUAGCGAUCAAGUCCCCUCUUGGUAUGCCCAUAAUGAUUAUAUCCAUACAGGCUAUCGACCCGUCACAAAGUCUUUCGUCCUUUGCGUUGAGAGCUUGGCGUACCUCCAUAACGAGACGGUCAACAUUUACUCACACCUUGUUCCCGCCGUGUUGGCGGCUUUGCUAGGAAACUACGUACUAGCCCGGCAUUUCAACUCUCACUUCCCUAAGGCUUUCUGGAAGGACCAGCUUGUUUUCCACAUCCACUCGACAACUUCAGUGGUCUGCUUUGGUAUCUCCGAUCUUUGGGGCUGUUUGGACUAUGUCACCAUCGUCCUUCAAAUACUGGGCUCCUUCAUAUCGGGAAUCUACGUCGGCUCCUAUUGUGAGCCUAAUCUACAGAAAAACUAUUGGUCUAUGGUACAUCGGCAUUUGAGCUUCUUGGCUGGCUUCAUCGUCUUGAAUCCUCGUCUGCAGGGCACAAAAUCGAAAAAUAUACGCCUUUCAGCCUUUGUGGCCACCGGAUUCUCGGCAUUUGCCCCAAUUAUCCACGCUGCGUGCAUAUUUCCUUACGAGCAACUCGACAAGCAGGCAGGUCUUAGGUACUAUUACCUAGAAGGCCUACUUAUAAUCAUCGGGGUUAUGCUUUAUGCAACCCAUUUUCCUGAGUCAUGGAAACCCGAGAGGUUCGAUAUCUGGGGCGCCUCUCGCCAGAUAUUCCAUUCAUUUAUCGUCCUUGGCGUGUUUACGCAUCUGUAUGGAGCCUUGGACGCUUUUGAAUGGAACUACGUGAACCAACGCUGUCGACCACACUGA